GGGUACCUGCGGCCGCCGGCAGAGGGCAGCCAGGGAGCGCGCCCGGCGGCAGGGCGGACCCCCGCCCCCCACCCCUCAGAUGUGACUCCCUGCCCCGGCUGGGCACUCCAGGCCAUGGCCGACACCAUCUUCGGCAGCGGGAACGACCAGUGGGUUUGCCCCAAUGAUCGGCAGCUUGCCCUGCGAGCCAAGCUGCAGACGGGCUGGUCUGUGCACACCUAUCAGACGGAGAAGCAGAGGAAGAACCAGUGCCUCAGCCCCGCCGAGGUGGAGGCCAUCCUGCAGGUGAUCCAGAGAGCAGAGCGGCUGGACGUCCUGGAGCAGCAGAGAAUUGGGCGGCUGGUGGAGCGGCUGGAGACCAUGAGGCGGAACGUGAUGGGGAAUGGCCUCUCCCAGUGUCUGCUGUGUGGGGAGAUGCUGGGCUUCCUGGGCAGCUCCUCGGUGUUCUGCAAAGACUGCAGGAAGAAAGUGUGCACCAAAUGUGGGAUCGAGGCCUCCCCCGGCCAGAAGCGGCCUCUGUGGCUGUGUAAGAUCUGCAGUGAGCAGAGAGAGGUCUGGAAGAGGUCAGGGGCCUGGUUCUACCGAGGGCUCCCUAAGUACAUCCUGCCACUGAAGACCCCCGGCCGGGCCGAUGACCCCCACUUCCGACCGUUGCCCAUGGAGCCGACCGAGCAAAAGCCCAGAAGCACCGAGACGAGCCGCGUCUACACGUGGGCCCGAGGGAGAGUGGUUUCCAGUGACAGUGACAGUGACUCGGAUCUCAGCUCCUCCAGCCUGGAGGACAGACUCCUUCCGACUGGGGCGAGGGCCCCCAAAGCUGACAAACCCCAGAGGGAAUCAGGCGGCAGCACAGAGUCCCCCAAGAUGAGGCCCGCCUGCCAGCCCAGCCACCUCUCGGAGAGCCAGAGAAACCUGGCCAGUGAGACCGGGACUGGUUCUGCAGACCCGCAGCUGGGCCCCCACCCUGGCCAGACCCCAAGGGCCCCGGUCAUUUCCGGAGCAACCCCUGAGGAUUCAGCGUUAUCCUUUGCUGGCAUCUGAUCUCCUCCCACAGGCAGCAUGAUCCCAGGCUAAGCCCCUCCUGGCAGGUGUCCCAGAAGGGGAAGAUGAUGACCGUCUCUGAGCCACUUAGCCCAUCACGACAGCUCCAGGAGCGUUUGACGUCUGCAAAACAACGUCACCAGGUGUCAGCUUUUCCUCACGGUAGACCUAGUGCUAGUAAAUGUACUGUGACCAGUGUCAUGUGUUUAUGAGAAUGGGCAUAAUAAAUUAUCACGUCAAGUUCGCCCCUCGGCAGCCACAGGCUACAACCGCUAACACUUCUGGUGACUCGUUUCCUCGGACUUCUAUCAGGCUUCCUGUGCCGA